AGACAAAACUCUUCACCUGUCCCGGCGAUGGAAUUAUCAACACAAACAACUCCGCGAUUAACCUUUCAUUUUCAUCGACAGCUCAACACAAUAACAACAUCAAUCAGUUAUCAUAAUCCACAUGUGAAAAUGAGUCCACAUGGAAUCGCUGUCGGUGCGAAA